AUGAAAUUCACUUCCAAGCUAACACGUAAAAAAAAAAAAGUUUAGCUGAGUGAAGUGUCCUAAGGGAGAAUAUUGGAAAAUGGGGAUUCAGGAAAUUGGCAGCUAUGAAGCACCACUACCCCUUCUCUCACUGAAUCAUGUUUCCAUAUUGUGCAGAUCAGUGUUGGAUUCUAUGAGGUUCUAUGAAGAAAUCUUGGGUUUUGGUCUCAUCAAACGCCCCUCCUCUUUCAAAUUCAAUGGAGCAUGGUUGUAUAAUUAUGGUUUUGGAAUACACCUGCUUGAGAAUCCAAAUUAUGAUGAAUUUGAUACCCCUAUGAGUGAAUCACGACCCAUUAAUCCCAAGGACAACCAUAUUUCAUUCCAAUGUACAGAUGUUGGGCUAGUGAAAAUGAGGUUGGAAGAUAUGGGGAUGAAGUAUGUUACGGCUUUGGUAGAGGAUGAAGGAAUCAAGGUGGAGCAGGUGUUCUUCCAUGACCCUGAUGGAUACAUGAUAGAGCUUUGCAACUGUGAGAAUAUCCCAAUAGUUCCCAUCUCUUCUGCUUCCGGCUCUUUCAAGGCACGAGGCCAGAGCUUUAAGAAGACUGUUUCUAACAAGUGUGGAUUCAUGGAAAAUGUUAUGAUGCGAAGCUUGAGCAAGGAUAUGAUGAACUUUGCAUUUUAAGUUAUCCAUAUUAAUGUUGAAAUAUGGUGGUGAAUAACUUCAACUUCCUUUUUUGGUCUGUAAGAUCAGAAAAGUGUUUGUUCUUCAAAACAAGUAAAAGGUGCAGAGCAUUGUUGUUAAUUUAUGUAUUCAAAACUAUCAAAAACUAUGUUGUAUAUCGUGUGUUUGAAAUAAUAAAAUUGUGAAACUUGUUGUAUGAUACAACUUGUAACAAAUUUUUAACA